CUUUAAAGACUGAUAAUAUAUACUGUAGUACUGACUAUUUUUUAAAGUCUGGAAAUAACAUGCAGGAGAUGGAGCAUCAAUCUUCUUUAGCAUUUUUAAACAAUUAUAUUACUUUUGUUAUGUUUCACCUCAGCUUACGGAUGUGGGCUUCCCACCUACCCUCCUAUUAUAUCGAGGGUUGUGGGGGGUGUGGAUGUCCGUCCAAACAGCUGGCCCUGGCAGGGUGUAUCUGGGAAAACAACCUGAAGGAGGAGGAGAAUGGAUCUGUGGCCAUCGCCGCUGGAAAGAUCAUUGUCCACGAGGGCAGGAAUUCCUUCACUAUCCGUAAUGACAUCGUCCUGAUCAAACUGGAGAGUGCUGUCACUCCAAGUGACACUAUCACUCCUACAUGUCUGCCUGCUGAUGGGCAUGUUCUGCCCCACAAUGCUCCCUGCUAUGUCACUGGUUGGGGAUGUCUCUACACCAAUGGACCCCUUGCUGAUAUCCUGCAGCAGUCUCUCCUGCCUGUGGUGGAUUACACCACCUGCUCUAGGUCUGACUGGUGGGGCUCUCAGGUCACACAAAGCAUGGUCUGCGCUGAUGGAGAUGAUGUUGUUGCUGGAUGUAAUGGUGACUCUGGUGGCCCCCUGAACUGUGCUGGUAGCGACGGCGCUUGGGAGGUCCACGGUAUUGUGAGCUUUGGUUCAGGACUGAGCUGCAAUUAUAACAAGAAGCCCACCGUUUUUACUCGUGUGAGCGCCUACGUUGACUGGAUCAGCAAGAACAUGGCCAGCUACUAAAGAGCAAACAGAAAAUGGGUUUUGUAUCAUGGAUGCCUUGAACAAUAAAAAUAUUUAACGGAACAUAAAGUAGUAUAUGUAUUUGUUGUAUACAUUACUAUAAUUAAUUUAUAUUAUAAACACAUGGUUUAAAUGCACUUAUGACCUAUAUGAUUUAGUAACUUUAGUACAAAGUUGUUGUUAGUGGUAUUCAAAAUGAUAAGAUCUCAUAGCUCAGUAAGUGACACUUCCAUUAGAGUCCGGCAGGUGGCAUUGUGGUGUUAUACUUGAAAGUGACCCGUCCAAGACGAUUUUAUGUGCAAAGACACAUUUGACUAUAGUUCUGUUGGUGUUUUGCAUUACAAUUUCCCCCUAAAUUAAAAUAUAUCAGAUUCAGAGUACAAAUUAUACCUCUGCUUUUGUUGGUAUUUGUAACCAAGUGGUUAUAAUGAGUCAUCAGAGGCAUUUUGUUGUAACUGACAAUAUUUAUUGCAUUUUUACAUUCAUCAAUUUGAGUGCAAAUGGUCCAAAACAGGAAGACAGCAUGUGGCAUAGUUUUAGUGUAAGCUGUUAUUAAAUAUACUCUUGCAUGCAUACAUAUACAUACAAUAAUACCAAUAACAGAAAACUACCAAAAAGUGCCCAUGUGCUGGUUUGUCAUCAUGCAGAGGGGACACACAAUUAAUGUAUAAUUUAGCCAAAGUCUCAAUAACUAAAUUUAGUGGUACAUUUAUACGAAUAUGUGAAAACAAAUUCUCUUUUUUAUCAUUAACAGUCACAGCAAACAAUACAGAAAUACUAUUGUAUCACAUAUUGCCACAAACAGUGCUUUAAAUAUUCAGUGCUGAUAAAACAGAUCUUCAUCUUGGUCUGCUGAUACUGACUCACUGUGCAGCCACAGUGAUGUAUCUCGGCUCCAUGUUCCCAAAGUAGGACUUCUCCCACUCGCUCAUGAGGUCAAAAUAAAGAGGCCGAUCACAGAAGGUGCAGGAGACCAUAGCUGGUCCAUUUAGCGGCAGUCCAACCUCCUGCCAGACUUCCAACAGUUUCUCU